GGGCGGAAGCGGCUCUGGCUUCCCUGGUCUGAGCUCCCGGGGGUCCUCUUUCGGCAGGUUUGCUGAGGGUGCCGGUGGCCUCGGGGCCAUGAGCAGACACAGCCGGCUACAGAAGCAAGUUCUGAACCUGUACCGUGACCUGCUGCGCGCCGGGCGCGGGAAGCCGGGCGCCGAGGCGCGGGUGCGAGCCGAGUUCCGGCAGCAGGCCAACCUUCCGCGCUCUGAUGUGCUGCGCAUUGAGUAUCUGUACCGCCGGGGACGACGCCAACUGCAGCUGCUGCGUUCCGGCCACACCACGGCUCUGAGUUCCUUCGUGCACCUGCGGGGCCAGCUUGAGCAGCCGAGCGACGCGGCAGCUUCGACUACCCCCCUUGACGAUGGGGAUGGUCCAAGGAGUUCUCCUGAAGGCACAGGGGCACGCAAGACCCGACCCGUUGGACGGUGACCGAAGAGCCCGCGUGGUGGCUCAAGGGGUCCCACAUGACAGUUUGGGGAGGAACAGGAACUCAUAUGCUAGAAGGUGAGAUGUCCUGAGAAACUUGCUCCUUUGGUUAGGGCAAUAGCCUUCCUGGAGCUGUGGGCCUGGAGGCGUGGUGAACUCGAGAGAUAACUGACUGUUCUGGAUAUAUGAUGACAAGGUCAAACACUCCCUGUCUCCAUGAGGGCGGCCUGGGGCAACAGCGGCCUGGACCAUGCAUGGUGUGAUGUGCUUGCCCAAAGUCCAGGAGAGCACAGACGCACUUCCUCCUCCCUGUGGACAAAUCCCUGCCGAGAUACUCUUGACCUCUAAGAACACACUCUACGCCCUGCAUUAUGAGGGGUUGCCCUUUGCUGUUCGUAAAGCCGAGGAAAGCAGAUUUUUUGCUGAGAACAUUUAAUAAAAUGCCCUGCUGAACCCGAGAGAAACCCACAAUCCUCUUUGGAAAACGUUUCGGGUCUCUGAUCUCAGCUGACCACCUAGGACUCCUCAAGAAUCCUACUCGAUGGUUCUAGGGCCUUCCCCACACGAUUGUUGAAUAAAGGGAAUAACUUUGAAA